UUUCCCGAUUUUGAUUUUUAAAGUACUAUAUAUAUAUACAUAUAUAUGUAUGUAUAUGUGUUUGUUUGUUUUUUUGUUUUUGUUUUGUUAAUUCUUUGGAUUUACUCAGACUAGGAUUUUGAAGAAUCACCUAUAACCAGUGAGGUAUAAUAGUCACGUAUAGUUCAGCUGCUUUUUUUUAGGUGCACUCUGCAUUACUGCAGCUUAAGUUUACUUUUCUUCAGCUGCCCACAUUUUGCCAAAUAUUUCAUAUUAUUUAGAUUAUUGGAAAUAUUUGCUCUUCACUCUGACACAUUCUUCAGUUUUUUUAAAUUAGAUUUUUUUUAGAAAGCAUGGGUGAUUGAGGUCCAACCAAUCCUUGUUUAACUCUUCAGAAAUAUGUUUUGAGCCUCACGCUUCUUCUUGUCACCUGUGAGGAGGAAGGAAGACUUUGACCACUUAAGAGAAACCCCCUUCAGGUGACUGUUUCAGCCAUUGCAUGACUGCACAACCCUGACGCAUCUGCAGAGGACAAGACUGCGGCAAUGGAAGGUAUUUCAAAUGAAAGUGACUUUUGGCAGUUUAACGAAUCCUGGAGGAACUCAAGUCUGGUUAACGGGACCGGUUGGUUGAAUCAGACGAACCCCCUGAAGCGGAAUGAAGAGGUGGCGAAGGUGGAGGUGACUGUGCUCGCACUCGUGCUGUUUUUGGCGCUGACUGGGAACCUGUGCGUCCUGCUGGCCAUCCACACCACCAAGCAUAGCCAAUCCCGUAUGUAUUACUUCAUGAAGCACCUGAGCAUCGCAGAUCUGGUUGUUGCGAUAUUUCAAGUUCUCCCUCAACUUAUCUGGGACAUUACAUUUCGGUUCUAUGGACCGGACAUUUUGUGCAGGUUGGUGAAAUACCUACAGGUCGUUGGGAUGUUCGCCUCCACUUACAUGCUGGUUUUGAUGUCCGUAGACAGAUGUUUGGCAAUUUGUCAGCCUCUUCGUUCUUUGCACAGGAGAAAAGACCGUUUCUAUGUCAUAUUUUCCUGGGUCCUGAGCCUGCUCUUCAGUGUCCCACAGAUGUUCAUUUUUUCCCUGAGAGAGGUUGGCUCGGCCGGAUCAGGAGUGUAUGACUGCUGGGGUGAUUUCGUGAAGCCAUGGGGAGCCAAAGCAUAUAUCACAUGGAUCAGCCUCACCAUAUACAUCAUUCCGGUGGCAAUAUUGAGCAUCUGCUAUGGGCUGAUAAGCUUCAAAAUAUGGCAAAACUUUAAACUGAAAACCAGGCGGGAGCAGUGUAUAAGUCUGACGCCCAAAACCUCCAAAGGCAACACGCUGGCUCGUGUGAGCAGCGUUAAGCUCAUCUCCAAGGCGAAGAUAACCACAGUGAAAAUGACUUUUGUGAUCGUUCUGGCUUAUAUCGUCUGUUGGACCCCCUUUUUCUCUGUCCAGAUGUGGUCUGCGUGGGAUCCAGCAGCGCCUCGUGAGGCCAUGCCCUUCAUCAUCUCCAUGCUGCUGGCCAGCCUCAACAGCUGCUGUAACCCAUGGAUCUACAUGUGCUUCGCUGGGCAUCUGUUCCAGGAUCUUAGGCAGAAUUUUCUGUGCUGUUCCACUCACUACCUCAAAUCAUCCCAGUGCCGCUGCGAGCGUGACUUUGACUCCAGUCACAAGAGCAACUCCUCAACCUUUGCCAUUAAGAGCACUAGCAGUCAGAGAAGCAUCACACAGACUUCCACCACAUAAGCCCACCUUUUCCUCUUCUCAAGCUGCCCACCUGUCUGUCACAACCAAUGCCCAUUAAAUCCAGCAGUUCAACUCUGUUAGAUACCUCUCGCCCUGAGGCUUACUCUCCAAGCUCAGAAGGGAAGACAACAACAAAAGUCUUAAAUCUUUUAUUUACAGUGUAAAGUGGAAAUGGAAUUGUGAAGAAAAGUGUACAGAAUAUUAUUAAGGGUGCGAUAUUUUGUUCAUAAAAACUUAUGAGAAAACCACGGGCCAAGCUGAGCAAUCUUUUUGUGUGUUUUAGAUGUACAGUAUAUAUUUACAUAUUUGCAGUGCAAGUGAAGGACAAGAGAACGCUUGAAUGAUUUUUUUUUCAGCAACCAUUGCCGGCCAUUCUCUUCAGUUGUUGUCACCAGCAAAGCUUAUGGCUCCUCUUUGUCUGUAUUAUGAUGAAACUGCUCACCUGUUAUAAAUAUUGUGUUUAAUGUUGUUCACUUUGUUACAUUUGCAGUGGAUUGCAUAAAUGUAAAGUGUUACUUGAGAUAUUGUUCUAUGUGAAACGAGCAGAUGCUCAUUAAAACUCAUUUUGCCUCCUGAAACGGCUGAGGAAAUCUUUGGCAC